UCGUACGUGGGAUUGCUGUCGCGUCUGUCGAUUUCGCUUUUAUCCGGUUUGCUGUGUGUGGAGUUCUCCGUGCGUGCCACAGAAUCUCGGCUGCCCUCUCGUGUGGAGUGAGUGAGUUGUUCGACUCGAAUCUCGGUCCCGGUGGAUGGACGCGCGAUUUUUUUUCGCUUGCCGUUGUUCCUAGUUCUGUGUGGCUAGUGUGAGGUUCAGCUGAUUUCGUAUCCGAGUGCCAACUUUUUAUUAAAUCACUAUCGGAGGUAUGCGGAGCACGUGCUUGGAAUCCGCUUGACAAUGCUGACGUUGAUGGCCAAGCAAAUUGUUAACCCUUGCCGAAAAUAGAAGAAUCGGGAAGAAUGAAAAAUUAGUGAAUUAAAUCUAGAAUAUGUGAAAUACCAACAACAAAAAAAAAUCGAGCUUAAAAUCGAAGAAGAAAAACGACGAACAAUAGAAUCGUUUCCCAGCUGUGAGUGAACUAUCGUGUUGUGAAAUAAAAGUGGUGGGUUUCUCAUCACACCGUGCAGUUUUCGUUUUGCUCUAUGCUGUUUCCGGCGCCUCGAGUCCACGUGUGUGGGUUUGUGAGCAGCACAACCGGAAGUUCCAGGUGAGAUGUUUUCCGCCUGAGUCUGAGCGCCAUAAAACUGAAGCGAACGUGUUCACGUCCACCGUUUUUCAGAGUUUCUGAAAAAUUAAUGACCGUCUGACCGGAUUGUGAAAUUAAAAACCCUGCCUCGCCGCACUUCUCGGAUUCGCUAAAUUCGACUGUUUUUUUUUUGGAGUGGAACCGGGUGUAUUGAGUUAAGGUGUGGGGUUUUGGGAGAUUUGACAGAGCCACAUUUCUUUCAUUGUCUCCUACAGUCGUUGGAGCUUGAUGGGAAUGGAGGUUUUAAGUGAGCAACCGAAAUAAAAUAGCAUAAUAAAAAUAGCCAACGACGACCGAAGAUUUUUCCACUUCAAUUCGCGGGUGGAAAUAAACCGCAAAAUCCCGGUUUCGGUUCCUGGCGAUUCGGUUCUGGUUUUUUGGGACGCCGCCGGACGAAAGCAAAUGAAACAAUAUAAAUUUGGUGGUGGAGUUCGGCUUUCCGGAAAUUGAGUUGGCCCCACCUCCCCCAAAAUCAUUUGUUCGAUGCGAGGAAACGGGAUUUCUUCCGCCAACCCCCCUCGGAGCUGCUAGCAGAAAUUUCACGCAUCGUCAAAAAUCGUCGCCGGAUUACGGAAAAUCGGCGCCGCCAUCCGUUGGGUUCAGGUAUGGGACCAUUUCUGGAUUGCCUUGGUCCACUUUGAAUAAUUAAUCGGGACACGUUUAUUAUGAACAACUAGCUGGCAGGAUCGGUCGAUCGGAAAACAUUUAUUCCGAUGCGCUGUGCUCGACGGUCGCUUAAUUAAAAACCAAACACGGGCCCAAAAUGGUGUAUACAUGUGAGUACCCGUUUACUCUAGUGUGACAACCGGAGUAAAACGACAGAAAAAAAACAAAUUCGUACGACGAAUCAAUUCAGGAAAUUCCCUGGAAGGGAAAUCUUCCGAUUGCCCUCGGAAGCGCAACGCCACAAAAAAGGCCCACCGGCGCCGCCAGAUUCAAUCUCGGAAACCAAAAACAAAAAAAAAACUUUACCAUUCCGGGCGGAUCAAAGUGAUUGAUUGAUUGAUGCGGGACGUAACCCUCACCAUCACUCUUCCGGCAUUACUUCCACCCAAAUGGCUCCGGAAACAUUAAUAAUCUUCCGAAACAAUCGCAACCUAGCAGGAAAAGUGUGCCAAAUUAAUUGGAAAUGCGUGGGUGCUAAUCGACGCUACUGAUUGCGAAAAGAUCUGUAGAAGAAGCUGUAGCUGCGCAUGUGUGUAUGUGAUACUACGGGAAAGUGAAAAACAAAACAAGUGCCAACAAGAAAAAAGCUUCGGCUAAGCCAAAAAAGGAAAACCUAAGGAGUUGAGGUAAACGAUUGCCUCGUUUGCGGUUCCAAAAUGGUGGAUAUUAGCUCAAUUAUCGAAGGAACCGUCAAGUUCCGAGAUGGCAAAAAGUGGAAAUCUCGGUGGUGUGUGAUGCGAAAAUUAUCUCCCGUUGCAGACUGUCUGCACCUGCAGCUGUACCGGGACUCGAAGGAUCGCUACAAGAACGGGCAGACGAAGGCGUCGCUAUCGCUGCAGCACUUUCUUGGCGUCGAGUCCGGCUUUACCCUGGACAAGGAGUCCAACACGAUAGCCAUCAUCUGCCAGGACGUGAUCGUGGUGCUGGCCUUUGACACUCGGGAAAGACUGAUACAGUGGCAGGUUAAAAUAUCAAACAACCUGGGGGACGACUUGCAAUAUCUGGUGCUGGUCUCUUCGGCGCCCCCGAAAGCCAAACUUUCGACGGGACCAGCACGAAUGCACAUCCAAGAUCACAGGUUUUGUCUGACAACGGGAGUACCUCCACGGUUGAAUGGCCUGUGGAACAUUCAGCACCUAAGGCGCUACGGUGUUGUGGACAAUCGCUUUUGCUUCGAGGGUGGAUCCAGCUGUGGGAAGGGUGAGGGUCUCUACAUUUUUGUAACAGACCUUGGGGAGGAGAUCACCCAUACCCUUAAGAUGGCUUCCCAGGGUAAGCUGGCCAGUAAAAAGCGAGCAGCAGCACGGAAGAUAGCAGCUCUAGAUAGUCCUAGAAAAGGUGCAGAGUCCCGUUGUACGAACUACAACGAUGAAAUUUGCACCGUACACAUAGAGAGCUCCAACUGUACCUGUCGGACGGGAUCGUACUGGCCUUCGACGGAGUCCAGGGACCUCGAUAGUAACUAUGGUUGUGGUGAUACGGCGUCUGUGUCCGAGGGGCACGACAGCAUCAACGAUAUGGAUUCCUUCCCUAGAAAUACGAUGGCAAAUUUGGAGCGUUGCAUGAGCUGCAUAUCGAAAUUGGGUGCACCGUCGAUGUCCCGCAGUUCAACCGUCACGGGAACACCAGGAGCAGUUGCUCCGUCGCCGGCCUGGCAUACGCUCACAGAACACAACAAUCACAUCAAUCAGUCGCACAUCUCCAAGACACCGGCUCUAGAUAGAAUGUCUCUGUGUUCACACGGGAGCAGUAACAACUCCGAAUACUCCAUCCCUCGGCAGACAACUGCUCCAAGUCAGCCUGGUGGACCGGAGUCUUGGUACGAAAAGGUUCCUGCAACUCAGCUCACCUGCAUGCAUAAUCGACCCACCUCACCAUGUCAGUGUUGUCCUCCUGGACGACCGCCUAAACCCAAAGAAAUCCCCCUACACAUUACAGCACCUCUUCACUCGGCCAUUUUGAGCUGCAAGUCACCUCAAAACAGUCAUGUGGGUCCCUAUGAAAACUACGACAUCCCAAAGAUCCCGAUCGCUGCAGACGAAGGUAGCAGCAUGGCGGAGAACUACGAUACACCUAAGAAAAUACACGAGUACCUGUCGAAGGAGGCCACGAGUAGUGCGAAAAGUGAAGUCGGUAGCUAUGGCAACUACGAUACGCCACUAUCACUGGGCAAAGCAGUCUGCGGUUGCCUGCACGGAGAAAAUCAGGAAUCAACAAAACAGGAAAGGGAUUUGGUAGACGGUCCACGGGUCGAUUGUACCUGCAAUCGAGUGAUGUCAUGGGCAGACAAUUGGAUUUCGUUACCGUUGUGUAAGCGGGGAAGUGGAAUUGAAAAUACGGGUGUACAGAUAAGUAAGGUUAAGUUGAGUGGUGAGGGUAAGAUGCCAGUGAUGGACGCCAGUAGUAGGGAAAAUGCAAUCUACGCCACGGUUGACGUGGCAAAGAAGAUCCGAAAGCGACUGGAAGCGUGCGAAUGUGAUCAAACGGAAAGCGAGAGCAGUAAAGAUAAGAAACCCUCUAGUUACGAUAAUUAUGAAGAUGUUGAAGUGCUUCCCGAAGAUAAGAAAGCAAACUACGCAAAUAUGGAAUUUGAGAAGUCGCUUGAAAACUACGAAAACUCUAAAGAAGUCUUACAGAGAGCUGGACUUUCAGUGCAAGACUUUGAAGACGAAUCGAAGGUUUGUCACAAAUGUGGCCAUUCAAGUGCUAAGACACCUGACGCGGAUACCGUUAAGGUCGAUGACAAGCAAGAAAACUACAUGAUGAUGGAACCGGCUACAGUUAAGUCCAAGUUUCCCGGUUAUAUUCCGAUGGCUCCAGCAGUACCAACGACUGUUGUUGAUGUAGAACCUACGUCAGCAUCUACCGAUGCUCCUCCAUUACCUUUCAAGUCUGAUCUCCUUAAACAACGAAUGAGCCGAAUCAUUGGUGAGAAAUCGGCAAGCAAUCCUAGUCUUUGUGGACCGGCAGUUGAUCGCAGUCGCAAACGAGUCGAUGAUGAAACUAGAAUACCCGGAAGUGCAAUGCUGAAAGCAACUACUAGUCCUUAUACCCGGAAACAUCUGUUGGAUCACAGUGAUCUACUACCUUGCGAUAAACGGUUGUCCCCACGCAAAAGAUCCGCUUCUGCUGAAUCAUCACGGUUCUUAGACGAAGGUGAAGAAAUCGAAAGUCCACUAAGUCGAACGGCUUCACCAAGUACAGAAACUCUUCAGAAACCUCCAACACCAAACUGCAAUGUCGAAGCUCGACGAUCUUCUUCGCCGUGUGUCCACAGAGAAUCUGAAUUGUGCUCUAGGGAUACGUGUUGCAGUAAAACAACCGCAGCUGAAACGGAAGACGAAAUCUCAGCCUCCACCAAUCCUAGUCAAACUUCACAGUCAGUUUACAUCCGAAGAUCUGAGAGCGUCCCUUGUAAAGCACAGAAUCGAGAUAGCUCCAGUUCAAACGACUCCGGGGUAUCGACGGGAUCGCUCCGGCAACGGGGUACAGACUUCACAGAAUUCGAGCUUCCACUUACGACAGCAAUGUCGGCCCGAAGACACCAGCGACAUGUACUUCCACAGCAGGGAGCUUGCGUUCACUCUUCACUACCAAGGCGAUCCAAAUCUUUUGAUCCACUCCGGGAGCUUACCUUCCAGUUCCAGAAGGUCCGAGUACCGGAAAAGAGCACAUCCGCGGAAGCCGAAGUUCCAAUCUGUCCACCGAAAACCAAAGCCUAUGGUAGUCCGGAUAUGAUGACCACCACAACUGCACCCUACAUCGAUUCACGAAGCACCAGCAGCGGAACUUCGGAUAUGUCCGACUACAUCGAAACGCUAUCGCUUUCUAGCCAUAGUUCGUCUGAUACGCCCGAGGGCAUGCGACACAUCCGGCAGGCCACCUCCACCCUGAGGCCACGAUCCGGCAAGGAGUACCAGAACAUCGAUCGAUCGAUACUGUCGCUAACGCAGCCGGGCAGCGAUGUCGCGCCGAACCCUUCCCUCAAACAUCCGGGAACGCCUUCGCAGCUACGGGGCCUGCUCUCGUGCUCGGCCAACUACGCUAACAUCACUCCAGUCCCGGAGAACGCAGAAUCUCCCAGUCCCGGAUAUCAGAGUGGCAGCUCGCCACAAGAAGCACAGGGUCAGCACUUUAUGUUCAAAAACUCGUCUUAGGUUUGCGUACGCCACAAACCGGUAAACAAAUGAAAGCAAUAAAGACUUACUUUUUUAACUUUAAAAUAAACAAACAAGCAUAGAGAAUCAAAACAAAAAAAACUAUCUAUAUACACUACCAAAAAAAUAUUGCAAAACCAGACGGAAAACGAUGUUAAAGUAGCAAAUAGUACCCCACAUAGAGUUCCGUUGAAUAGACUCGGUCAGCCACCCCCAAUAAAAAAAAAAGAAAAACCACAGCAAAAAAUCUCAACAAUCACUAAUGACUUCAUCAGGCAGUUCCCAGUUUUUGAAACUUAAGCAGAAGAUUAUCCAUCCAAAAGAGGCGAAAAAAUCCACCCGAUUUCAAGAACAUUCAGAUUGCUUUUGGCAUCGGAAAGACAGAACCAAUCUCCCGGGUUUCCGACUCCAUUUUCCGGUACUCUUUAUUUUUUCUCCAGCAGCGCCUACUAUCGAGGUCCGGGGAAAAGCUAAGGAAGUGGUUUGUUUUUCCUUCUUCUUGAUCCAAAUAAUUACUUUUCCGUCGCCCGAUUGCCCUCACUCGGCCAGAUCCCACCUUGUUUGUUUACCGGAAAAUAGCGAAAGCAUCCACCACACAUCCCCCUGACUGCCUUCUAGGACCAAAGCCUUUGAUUGCUUUUGUCUCCUCAAUGAGAAGGUGCCUCGUUUUCGUCUUCGUCGUGUGGAGGUUAGGUUGGCUCUGUUUGUCUUCGCCAUUCAUUGAUUUUUAACCUGCAGGGCAAACGGCAAACGAUUUUUUUGUUUUUUUUUUCCUGCCCGUGUUUGGACUUCUUGAGACUACCGUUUCGAUACAGUGCGGUUAGAAAAAAAUGUGAAAACGGAAAAAAAAUAUAUUUCUACCUACAAAGUUUACAAAAAAACAAAAAAAAAUGUAAAACAACGAUUUCACAUUCAAAAACUAAAAAAUUAACUUUGCGGUACCCCUUUCCAUUUUUUUAUAUUUUUAACCUUCGGUGUACAAAUCUGUACCUCCUUCAUUCUCGGAUAAACUUGAGCUGGGUACAGGAUUUGAGGCUGCUGUAGGAAGAGGAUCAACCGGUAGAAUGAACGGAGAAAAUAGUGUUUGGGUUUCGUUCGGUUGGAAAUGGAAAAACAAAAUCCUCCCCCGGGUUAGGUAAGCACAUCACUUGAACACUUCGUCAAUGGAAAAUUGUUCAAGGCUCCACAUGUAGGGCUUUGGCAAAUCAAAACGGUCGACUUGAGCUUAUCCUUAUCGAAGGGAAGAAAAUGGUCAAAAAAAAAUAAACAUGGAUGAACAAAUCAAAAAGUGUCCAAAAUUUCAGAAAAAAAAAUCUAUAAAAUCAGACGGAUUUUUUCUCAAAACUUGAAAAAUUUGAGCUGUUUUUAAUUUUCGACAGAAAUUACAAACUUACUCAGUAAAUCUUAAAUCCAUCACCCAACUUUAUUGAUAUAUUCUUACAAUCCAUAUAUCACUAGGCGACCGUCAAUUUCUUGAGUUUCGCAAUUUCGAAGUUCAAUUUGUUUUGGCCUGAAAGUUUAAGCUCUGUAUUUGAUUUUUUUUCUAUAUUUCUUAUUUAUGAUUUUUAUUGUCACAUUGCCACAUUAAAAUUUUAAGAACAAAUUUUUGAAAAAUAAUCUGCAUCGUGAAUUUCCUGAUUUCUCAUUUUAAUAGCUUAUUUUCAUAAUUUUUAUUUUGUGUUUCGCACUCCAAAGUCUUAAGUUUCGAACUUAGAAACAAGGACUUCGACCAUAAAAUUUUGCAUUUCGACUUUUUCCCAGAAUUUUGAGUCUUGACAUGUUAAUUAAAAUUUAAAUUGUGAGUUUUAAUACCGAAGAUGAAUUCUUAAAUUUUAAAAUCGAAAAUUGAAAAUCGAAUUUUAAAUUACAGUUUUGAACUUUUGAAUUUUCAAUCGAAUUGAAUUGCAAAUUUCGGAGGCAGUAUUCAAAAUUUCAAUUUUCGAUUUUCCACUCACUUCCGCUAGAAUUUUUUUUUCUGGUUGCAGAAUCCGAAAUUUCAAAUUCCAAGUUAAAAGAAAAUCGAGAUUUCAAAUAAAUAUCUUGAAUAAAGUCAAUUCAUUCACCAAGAUUUUUUUCCAAAUUGGAGCUUUGGGCUUUUAAGGUUCAAGAAUAGGUUUUUCAAACUCAGGAUUUGAAAUUCGGAAUAUGAACUUCAUCAUUUCGGAUUCAUUAAUUAAAUGAUAACAAAAUUUUCAGA